CUUGGAACGGCGGCGCUAUCUCUAUGACAACAAGAGGAAAAUGACGAACUAAGCGACGCAACAGCUAAAACAACAGCUCUAGAUUUCCGAAUCCGGAAACAAGGAAUUAUGGGAAAUGCAGUUGAAUUUCGACGUGUUCAACUACAUAAGUUCUUGCUACACCCAAAGCCCCGAUCGACCCCCUCCUGCUCCUGCUGCUCCACCCCUCCGCCGCUGCACCGCUCCGGCAACCGAGAUGCACACGGAGACCCGUAACAAGAAAUGCCAGUCGACUCCAAAGCCGAAGAAGAGUGCCGCUGGUGCCCGAAAGAAGCAGAGGAGCCCGGCCAAGCAGAGCGCCGUGACCCGGCAGCCACCGUCCUCACCUCCGCCCCCCGCCGCCCGACAAGAGCAGGAGGAGGAGGAGGAGCUGGCGACUGGGCCUCGGCCGCCGCACGAGGAAGAGGAGAAGCCGAAGGAGGUGGGGACGCUCACCGUCAGGGUGAAGCAGGAGGAAACGGAAGAGGAGAAGGAGGCCCACGGCCGGAGAGACAUGCCCUCAGUACAGAUCAAACCAGAGCCAGAGGAGAUGGAGUGCACGGCGGAUGUAGGCGAUGACUACUCCCAACCCACAGACCUGAAGAUGAAGUCAGAGUUCAAGGCGGAGCCGUCUUCGCCUCACUCGAGUCCCGCUGAGGACCAAACCGAACCUGUCGACCUGUCGCUCAACAAGCCCCGCUCUGCUUCCACAACGAGCUCCACGGUCAACCCGGCACCCAGCAGCGCCAUGUCCCAGCCCGGCCUUACAGCCACGCCCAUUCCCUCCACGGUACAAUCCAUAGGCUCCAUGGUCCUCUCUCCGGGUUCUAUCCUAGCAACACAAGGAGCCGGAGGACAGCAGAUUCUCCAUGUCAUCCAUACAAUCCCGUCGGUCAGCAUGCCGAGCAAGGUGGGCCAGCUGCAGACCAUCCCUGUGGUGGUGCAGUCACUUCCUGUAGUUUACACCACCAUGCCCACAGACGGCGUCGCAACGGCAGCCAUCACAGUGCCACUGAUAGGCAGCGACGGACGCUCAGAAGGAUCAGUUCGCAUCAAGCCGGGUUCGACGUCUCCAGUGGAGUAUCAGAGUGACAGUGACGCAGAGAGCGGUACAGAGUCCGGAUCGGCCUCCCUCAGCGCCCAGAGCAUCGACACAGGGUCAGUUAUAGACUUGGAACCUGUUGAUCCGGAUACACUAGACCUAAAGAGGCGGCGGAUCCACAUGUGUGACUAUGAAGGCUGUAAAAAAGUUUAUACCAAGAGCUCUCACCUCAAAGCCCACAGGAGGAUACACACAGGAGAGAAGCCGUACCACUGUACUUGGGAGGGCUGCACCUGGCGCUUCGCCCGUUCCGAUGAGCUCACCCGACACUUCCGCAAGCACACAGGAAUCAAACCUUUCCGCUGCACGGAAUGCGACCGCUCUUUCUCCCGGUCUGACCAUUUGUCCCUUCACCGCCGCCGCCACGUGAUGAUGUGAACUCCCCUCCAAAACCAGCCCAUAGAACCGACCUCUGACCCUCUGGGGUUCUCAGAGUCCAUCCACGUAGACAAGAGCCUCCACGAUGUUCCACGUUUUGCGUCCAGGAUUUCUAAACACAAUCUGCAGAGGGGGAACAAGAACACUUCCUCCUUCUCUGCACGUUGAAAUUACAGGACAACUGGGAGUGUGUCUGUGCAUAUGUGUUUAUGCAUGGUGGACUUAUUAAUUAUCUUCAUUGUGCGCCCCAGUUCAGUCCUAUCUCUACAAUCCAGAACUCAGUUUUUGAAUAGCAAUGGAAUAAGAAGAUGGGACUGAAACUCACUCAUUCAUCCUUCCAUCCAUCCAUCAGUCCAUCCAAGGGAGAGGAGGAAGAGUAAGGGAUACUAAGAGGUUGUUCAGUGUUUUUUAAAAACCUAAUGUAACUUGGAUGUCACUUCAGUUGCUGUUUUCUUUCUUUCUUAUUUUAUUCUGAAUUCAGUGCAAGUCUGGAGUUGAAGAGUUGUUCAGUCGCUCCUCAAAGAGUCCAGGAACCUUUUUAAGAAUGUUGACUUUGUGUUUAAACCCUGUACUGUCACAUGAGAUUUAGCUGUGUGAUCAAACAACAAUUUACAAUGAAGAACACCAUCUAACAUCCUAGUAAACUUAUUACUGAUGUGUUGCAGAGCAAGAAUGGUUUGAGCUGAAUCCCUUCUGUUCAAUACAAAUAAGCAACAUAAAUGCUGGAAUAUUAGGGAUACCAGUGACUUUUUGCUGGUGCAUCUCAAUAAAUAGCACCAAGAAAAAAAUUACAAUUAUUUAUUGCAGUUGUAAUUUUAAAAGGAAGAUUCCUGUACUGCAUUGAAAAUUUCACUAAGAAUAACAUAAUUCUAGCUUUUAAAAAAAAAAUUUUUAUGAUUAGCAGCAUUAACAGCAUUACGACUAUUAUAUCAGACCAAUAAAAAUGAUUUAAAUAGAAAAAUGUGGGCGUAUUGAAAAGUGCGCAUGAUACAGUUGUUGGUCGGGAGUCGUUUUGCAUGAAUUACUGCAUCAAUGCAGCGUGGCACGGAGGCCAUCUGCCUGUGACUAGAAGAUGGUUUAUAAAUUACCGUUAGCUCGCCUUUGUUUGUGGAUCUUGUUUCUCUCAUCUAUUAAGUCACAUUAUAGUAAAUGUUUACUCAAGAUUUUUAAUGAAUGGAGGAAAUUUAACUGACCUCCUGGGGUUCCUUGCAAACACGGCCUCCAAUAUUUAUGGAUACAGUACUUCGCCGACUCCAUGUUGCGAACCCACCUGCAGCAGCUGAAGUGACGUCUCCGGCGUCCUGGUCCUCAAACCAACCCACCUUCCCGCCUCUCCUUGGUACAUGGAGCUGCAAGACUGUGAACUUUUUAAAGACUGAUUUGUUUUUUUUUUUCAGUGCAUCAGUCACGUUGUUUAUGUUCUCCCUCCACCUCUCCCUCGGGCGUGCACGUACACACACCUUUCCAAUCCGUCUUUGGCAACAGUAUUUGCUUUGUAUGCGUUCUUAUUGGUGUUUUACAAAAAAAAAAAAAAAGAAAGAAAGCUAGGUCUUUGGUGAACAGUUUUCUAUUUCCUCCAGGUCUGGUGAUCUGAACAGUAACGACAAAAAAAAAAAAAAAAAAAAGUCAGAUCCUUUUAGUUGAUUUUCUGAGGCUGUGAAAAAGAUGGAGCGACACAAGUUGUUUAAUAAGACAAACUCUUCAUGCAGGGAAAUACAAUAGGGGGGACUUUUCAGAUUGUGUGUUAGUUGCCUGCGUUUGUGUGAUUGUGGGUGAGUUUUGAGAUAAAAAAAAAAAACUAGAAAUAAUCAGAAAUGAACAUUUUAACGAGUGUUUAUUGCGGGCAUUUGUCAACGUUCUUUUACCUCUUGCCCGUUGAGCCUUAAUAACUGAAGUCAAUCUGUAAGGGCGAAACCAGAACCACUGAGACGGAGUUUGCAGUCCAAACCGUGACGUAAUAAAUCUAAUAAAUCAUAAAUCCAG